CACUUCUCUUCUAAUCUUUCAGCAUGCGAAUUAAUUUUGUUGUUGUUUAUUCAUGGCGGACAGUGUCCCAGAACAAAAGAUCUCGGCUAUCACGAGUUGAAUUGCACAGACAUGCUUUGACUUUUCAAUCAGGCAACUACAGUGUGCAAUCCACUGCCUUUGAGUCUCCACUACCUUUUUUUCCCCCUUUGUUCCAACUUGUUUGUGUUCUUCUGCACCUUUGUUGAGGAAUUCUAGAAGCUUUCGCGUCCACUUUCCCUGAAUUGUUCUUUAUCCUCCCCUCCAGUAAAAGGAGAAUUGUCAACUUGGUAUGUUUUUGCAUAAAGUCUUCAAGCUACGUUACUAGUUAGCUUCUUGAAGGAAUGGAAAUCGUCAACAACAGCAACACAUUCGCCGGCGAACUUACCCACCGAGGGUUCGCCGGCUUCCUCGAUGUUUUCGUCCACCAAGCUCGCGACCUCCACAACAUCUGCAUCUACCACAAGCAGGACGUUUACGCCAAGCUCUGCCUCACCAGCGAUCCGGACGUCACUGUCUCCACCCGAACCAUCAAUGGCGGCGGCCAGAACCCGAUCUUCGACGAGCAGCUCCGUCUCUGCGUGCGGACGGUCGAGUCGUCCCUCAAGUGCGAGAUUUGGAUGCUGAGCAAGGUGAAGAACUACCUGGAAGAUCAGCUGCUGGGGUUCGCCUUGGUGCCCCUAGCCGACGUCCUCGUGGCCGACGGCAAGCUACUGGCGCAGGAGUUCUCCCUCUCCUCCACCGACCUCUUCCAUUCCCCUGCCGGUUUCAUUCAACUCUCGCUCUCUUACGCCGGCGCUUCCCCGGAUGUGAUGGCGAUCCCACGGGUGAACCCCCUGCUCCCCGAGUCCACCUUGCCGGAAACAGAGAACCCCCAUGAGUACCAGAAGAUCGAGUUCCCGGACUUGAAAGUUGCCAAGGAGAAUCACAUGAUGAUUUCGGAGUACUUCGGUCUCGAUUGCUCGGACGUGGAGACACAGUGCGCGAUCGAUCCGGAGAGCUGCAAUCGUGAGGAUGAGGAAGCAGGGGUGCGCCUCGUAGAGAGCUUCUCCGGCGUCAAGGACAGAUCGUACUCAACUGGCGCUCCAAGGAACGACACUCCUGUUACCAGUGCCUCAACGAGUGACUCUUCUCCCCUGCUUGCCCCCACCUCUCCGUCCACCUCUCGCGGUUUCUUAGCCACCGCAACUCCGAGCCCGAAAGAGAAGAAUCCGAGAGUCGCAGAGAGCGAGGCCGAUUCGAACAACAACAAUUCAACAAUGAAUCAAAUCAUACGCAUCAACAUUGAGCCAGAGGAAACAGUGGUGCAACAGGAGAUAGUGGACAUGUACAUGAAGAGCAUGCAGCAGUUUACAGAGUCAUUGGCCAACAUGAAACUUCCAAUGGAUGUGGACGGUAACUCCUCUUCGACUUUGCAGGGUGCUACUGUGAAUUCCGACGAAAGGCAGGCAACGGUGGCAGCGAAGGGAAUCGGUUCUCGUGUGUUCUAUGGGAGCCGGGCCUUCUUCUGAGCUCAAUGCUAAGUACCAAACACAGAACUUGCUGACUGUCUAUGUGUUUGUGUAUGAAAUUUGUUGUUAUCAGUAUUUCCACUUGCGUCGUAACGCCUAUGAUCAUAGCCAACUUGUUGGUAUCAGAUAGACUACGUUCUAAAGAUUAUCCACUUCAUGAAGUGAUUUUCAUUUUGGACGAGUUGAAUUAGUAUAUAUAAUUUCCUUGGCUCUCUUCAAAAA